UGUAGACCGGAUCAAUUCCUGUGUCUCUCAACCAAAAGACCCGGCAGGCCUGUACGUGACGAGGAAGUCGCUGCAUGCCCGCGUGUUUCCCGGCCAUGUCCGAAGCAGAACACCGUUUCCUCAGCUUGUCAACGCCACGACACUCGGAGCAACCGGUGCUGGGCCCCUCGAGGUGCCGUCCCCAAUUGGGUUGGCUAUGAUCCGAUGUCGAUCCAAUCAAUAAGAAUUGGACGGACGGGAUCGUGUGAAUCGAGAUGCCUUUACCGCCUUAUUUAACGGCUUUAUAACUACCUUGCCAAGAUUAGCCGACGGGAGACGGAGUUGUCUCCGUGUCGGCUGCAAGAGAGGGAGGGGCGAAACCACGCGAGGGCAAACUACACAUUUCUUGACCAUCCGAUUCGGUCGCUUUGGGGUUUUCUUUCCAGCACAGCAUAAAAAAAGGUGAGAGGAGAGGAGAAGAGAGGAGCGCAAAGAAGGGGAAUCGAUGGGCUACGAUUCGAUGGCCAACGUUGGUGCUGUUCCUUCGAUGGUCUCCGGCAAGAAGAGGAGGGGGAAUCGAUCGGCGAAGCUUAAGCAAUGCAAACUCGACGCCCGUCGUGAGCAAUGGCUCUCCCAAGUUAAUGGUGGUAAGGAUGAUUGCAAGGUCACAAGAUUGGCCACCUCUCUACAUCUGCUCCAUCCAUUCCGGGCUCCGACGGGCAAGAUCGACUCGAAGACGAAGGCAGGUGAAGAUGAGCGAGAUGAUAUGCCCUUGCAUGAACGCAACGGGUUGGACUCCCCAACCCACAACCCUGUGAUGGGGAAUCAUCAUAAAAGAAAUAAUUCUCCUAGCAAUAGUGUAAGCAGCAGAAGCAGCAGCGUGAAUUCCACCUCGAGAAGCUUUACUGAUGGCGAAAGGGAAGAGCAUCCUGAAGGAGGAGGGGAAGGAAACGGUGUCCUUGAUGAUUGGGAAGCAGUCGCCGAUGCCUUGUCUGAAGACGUUGGGAGGGACGACCGUCAUCAUUGUCAUCAUCCUGAUCCAGUAGUUACCUACAUCGUGCCAUCUGCCUCGUCUGGCAUCCUAGGUGAGGCCCCUCUUGGAGGGAGCACCAUGAAGCUGAAGCCUGUCCGGAGCACACAAAGAGCUUGGAGGCCAGACGACACAUCUCGUCCUCAGAGCCUGCCUAGUAUCUCUAAAAAGUGCAUCUUCCCAUGGAAUGCAGAACGAGACCAUUUGGUUUCCCGGCAAAGUAGCAUCCUUUCCUUGCCGUCCCGCUGUCCUAUCUGCUACGAGGACCUGGAUCUGACAGACUCGAGCUUCCUUCCCUGUUCCUGCGGAUUCCGACUUUGCCUCUUCUGCCACAAGAAGAUCUUGGAAGCAGAUGGCCGUUGCCCCGGAUGCAGGAAGCAGUAUGACUAUAUGUCGAGUGGUGGAGUCGAAUAUGGCAGGAACACAACUUCUAUAAUUCCGGUUGUCCCGUUUGUGUAGUAUGAGUUCAAAACAUAGAAUAGGCAGGGCGAAUUUUAAGUUCUACCUUUCUAUCGAAAUUAUUGGUGUCAGAUUAUUACAGAAAGUUUAUAGCUUGCUGAAAGAAAUAAUUGUGAAUAUAUAUAAGGAUUUUUAGUGUGGUGUUUGGAAUAUUGGGUCUGUCUAUGAAUUCUAUUUAUAAAGGUUAAGUGUCGCAUGUCUCGUUGUUGUGGA